UUUGGCUUUGCUGGAGAGUGCCCUAACCCCGGACCCGUGUCAGACACACGCCCGCCGCUCGCCAUGGGAUUGACGAAUUCUUAGUUGUUUGUGAGCGCUCUCGGUUCUCCACUUGCUCUUCACUCUAAAGCCCACGUAUAUGAAAUGGAAAAUCGAGGGCUGUUCUGCACUCUGUGUUACCUGAUGCUCAACGCACCUCUGCUGCUCAUUGUGAACGCUACCUUUACUGAAGUUCCCAAAGAUGUGACUGUUAGGGAGGGAGAUGAUAUUGAGAUGCCUUGUGCUUUCCGAGCCAGCGGAGCCACCUCUUACUCCUUGGAAAUCCAGUGGUGGUACUUCAAAGAACCAGCCAGAGAACUUGCACAUGAAUUAUCCAUCAGUGUCCCUGGCAGCAGGAGCAAGGUAACAAAUAAGGAUGCAACUAAAAUAAGCGUAAGUGCAGCGCAAGCAGGGUGGUGCCCGUACAUUACUGUGUCCCCCAGCUCCUCGAUGCGGGACCUUAGCCAGUCUGCGGGCAGCACAGCAGGAGUGCAGCGCAUUAACCCUCCUCAGUGUGCUGGGGCUUGGCCAAAACACGACCAUCUGACCACCGCCACGGCCGGGAACGGCGCAGCCUCGGCCUCGCCGCCACCGGGUCAGGCCGCCAUCCUGCGCCAGCAGCACGGGUCAGGUACAGUACCUAUUUAUGCUACAAACCCACUCCUAUAUAUGUUCCUGUUAAUACUGCAUAAGCUUGUAGUUUUAUUAGUAAACCACUGAUGGACUGUUUCCUCAGCUACUCCUCAGCCAAACAAAAAGGAACCUAUUUAAAAACAGAGCAAAUCUUUGACAAAAAUACCUGCAGUUUUAAAGAUGGACAGAAAGAGACUGAAAGAAGCAUGAGAAAUUCUAAAUGGGGGGGCGGGGGGAACAUAUUUUUGGGGAUGUCACAAAAGUAAACCACAUAAAAUAAUGCAUCUAGUUUCCAGACUCUAAGAUGUUGCGCCCUGCUUUGUGCAUGGCACUUCUGAUUUCUCUGUUUUAAUGUCCCAUUUUUUUUCUUUUCUAAACCUCUCCUCUGACUCUUCGUUUUGCACGAACUGUUGAGCAGUUAUCUUUAUGACAUUAUGUAAAAAUGUUGGGUCAAAGCCCUUCCUAAGAAAGAAGAUAUUUUUAGUAGAUUAUUGUGCUUAGGUUUUUGGAUUUCUUUUUUCUUUUUUUGUAAUUAAAUUAUUUCUUUUUGAGACAUUUUAAUUAAAAAGGCACAUCUUACCAUAAUUAAUAUUCACUGUCAAUAAUAUUUAUUUUUAAAUAAAGAUUGGAAACAAGGUAAGACGUUUGUUUAUAAACUGUAUUGUAUAUUGCUGAAUAACAGUUGAAUAAAAAGAUUUUGAAAUAAAGUUUUUAGAGAA